GGAGAGUCUCUUGAGCAAAUUUCCAAAAGGAGUGAUCGUCAUUUUAGUGAAAAGUUGAGCUCCGUGUGUGAUAUCAAAUGUCGAGGGCUCAACACGACCCUUUUCAUGCAUGUUAUGAGAACUGCACAUGAAAAACAAGUCACCAGACAUCACCCACUGUCUCCAUGACCCCCAAAACACACCCGCAGUGGCAGCAAGUGGUUGGACAUGAAGGGAGUUUUCAAGUUGGUGAACAUGGCACUUUGCUGAAAAAAUUUUGUAAGGGGGAACAGCAAUGUUACAUGAAACUUAUGGAGGAUUCUUUGAGGCCAUUUGUUCCAGCGUACCAUGGAGUUGUGCGAAAGGAUAAUCAGGAUUACAACAUGAUGGAAAACCUACUUAACAAUUUUAAUUCACCUUACAUUAUGGAUUGCAAGAUCGGUAGCAGAACAUAUCUUGAGAAUGAGCUGCAACUAGCUCGAGAGCGCCCCCAGCCUCGUCAGGACAUGUUUGAGAAGAUGGUUGCUGUGGAUCCAGGCGCACCAACAGCUGAGGAGCAGGCUCAAAAGGCUGUUUUAAAAAGUAGAUACAUGCAGUGGAGAGAGACCCUGAGCUCCACCACUACCCUUGGCUUUCGCAUUGAAGGAUUUAAGAAACCAAAUGAAGACUGUCAGACAAACUUCAAAAAGACCAAAAGUAAAGAACAAGUGAUAAAAGCUCUGAGUGACUUUGUGGAAUCCAACACACAAAUUAUGUGGGGUUAUUUAAGACAGUUGAGACAGCUGCGACAGGUCUUGGAGACAUCAGAUUUCUUCAAAACACAUGAGGUUGUUGGGAGCUCCUUACUAUUUGUACACGACUGCUCUGGAAAAGCAGGAGUUUGGAUGAUUGACUUUGCAAAGACUGUGGCCCUCCCGCCUCACUUCAGAGUGGACCACCGAUCUCCCUGGGUGGAGGGAAAUCGAGAGGAUGGAUACCUGUGGGGCCUGGACAACCUCAUUGAUGUCUUGACCAACAUGCUCCACUGCUAGAGGGGAAUUAGGACUUGAAGUAAUUUGGUAACAGGACCAUUUUCAAAAUAUCAAAUUUAUCAUAGAUACAGCACAACUUAACAACUUGUUUAGUGAAUUAAAGAUGCACUAUGUAACUUUUCUGGUGGAAGUAUGGUAUCAGAUGUGUCUAUCUCCAGACAAGCCGUCGAUGCCACUAGGCCAAGUUACUGUAUAUGUAGAUCUGUGGAGAGGCAAGCUUACUCACAGUAAGAAUGCAUGCAUUUUUCUGUUUUCUUUUACUUAUAAAAACAAAUGUAAUGUAUAUAUGUUAGAUAAGUUUAAUGCCAUACUGUAACAUUCCAGGCACAUCUAUGAAGUCAUUGGAGACAGGUGACACGCCACCUGAAAAGUUACAUAUUGCAAUUUAAAAUAUGCGAAUAUGUGUACACUGCCAUUUUAACUCAUAAUAAUGUUGUUUUGUGGACGUUUGAAAGCACAAUCUAUACAUUAAGAAAUGAAAUGGUGCUAAAGCAAUUUUAAAAUCUGAAUUAAUAAUUUCUUAAUGGGUUUAUCUACAAUGACCUGGCAAAGCAAUAAUAAAUAUGGAUAAAACAGU